GUUUUCUUUCUAAUUGGCAAACUUGAAUAUAAUGUCGAAAGUAAUUAACUUCUUUAAAGGUCAUCCCACGAGACAAUUACUCCCUGCUAAAGAAAUUGCUGCAUCAUAUCAAAAGAUAUUGACCACAUCAGACUACCUUGAAUAUGAUACCGAUCCUGCAAAUCAACAUCCAUUAACAUAUGGAACUGACCCAGGUAAUCUUGCUGUGCGUGAAACCAUCAGUAAAUGGGUAGAUAAAAAGUUCAACAGAACUACUCCUUCAGAUCCAGAUUGUAUCAAUUUAACCUCUGGUGCCUCAUAUGGUAUUGCUAAUAUUUUAACAUCAGUUUCAAAUGUCAAUAUUACCAAGAGAAUUUUCAUUGUUGCUCCAACUUAUUUCUUGAUUAAUAAUGUGUUUAUCGACUUAGGAUAUGAAGGGAAAUUAACUGGUAUUAAUGAGACCCAUGGUCAAGAAUAUGAAAUUGAUUUGAAAUACCUUGAACAGCAACUCGAAUUAUACUCUGAAGGCUUGGAAUCUGUAAACGAGAGAACUAAUGUCGUGUCUGAUCCUAAUAGAGGCGAGAGGAAAUAUUAUAGAUUUGUUAUGUACCUUGUGCCUACAUUUUCAAACCCGGGCGGAUUGUCAUAUUCUUUGAAAACUAGAACUAAGCUUGUAGAAUUGGCCAGAAAAUAUGACUUAUUAAUUAUCAGUGAUGACGUGUAUGAAUUGCUUGACUACACCAACGUCCCAUUGAUUUCCAAAUUCAAUCAUAUUGAUAGAGAUAGUUUAACCAAUUGCAAUACCUACGGAAACACAAUUUCCAAUGCAACUUUUUCCAAGAUCAUUGCUCCUGGAUUACGCGUUGGUUGGCAAGAAACAGCUACCCCAAAAUUAGUAGCUCAAUUAGCUGAAACAGGCGCUAAUAAAUCAGGAGGUACACCUGCACAAUUAUCUACAUUGGUAGUAGCGGACUUAAUCCAAACUGGAGAAAUUGAGAAGAUCAUUUCCAAGUUCAUUGAAACUUAUUCUGAGCGAGCCAAAGUAUUGAAAGAUAGUGUUUCCAAGUAUUUACCCCAAGGAACCAAAGUCUUUGGAGGUGACGGUGGAUAUUUCCUUUGGGUAGAAUUACCAAUAACCAAUCAUCAGGAAAUUGUCGACAUUCUUGCCAAGAAACAUAGUGUUAUUCUCGCUGGUGGUGAACACUUUGAGGUAACUGGGGAUGAAAGACACUGGGGGGAGAAUUGUGUUAGAUUAAGUAUUAGCUUUUUAAGUAAAGAAGAGAUACAAGAAGGUAUCAAACUAUGGGGAGAUGUCCUUAAAGAAAAGUAUUCAGAAUUGUACUAGAUAUUUAUAGACUUAUAGAAUAUACUACCACCAUUGAAUCAAGAGCUGCAAGUAUAUCUUUUCAGAAUCCUGACAUUUCUUGCCUGGCUGUAGCUUGUACUUGCUUGUAUAACAUAUUCAUGUCUUUAUGACUAAACGUCUUCCUGAUUACCAACUUCGAUAGACUCCUCUUCCUCAUCAUAAUCUUUCAUAUAAAAUGAUUGUAUACAACAAAUGAAAGCCAAUAAUCCUAAUAUUAACCAUGAUAAUUCCACCAUAUUGUGAUUUUCACAGAAAGUCAUAAGAUAUCCCCAACCAAUAGGACCAAGACAUCUUGCCAAAGAGUUUAAACUCAAACUGGUUCCAUUAAUAAAAGCUCUAUGUUUUGCAGGAGCAGCUCUAUGGAUUAACAUCAACAAAUUAGGGAAUCCAACCGAUGACGAACAAGAUUCCAAACAACAUAAAAUAUAAAGUAAAGUUUUGGUAAACCAUGGAGCAUAUCUUGAGUCGAAAUCAUGCUUAGUAAAUAUCAAGAAUGGUAAAACAGCAUAUGCAAAAGGAGUAAUGAUGGUUGAUACUCUAAAUGUUGUAAUUGUUUUGAAAUUACGAUCAAGAUAUGGAAAGAUAAACAAUAUACCAACAGCUCCAAUUAAUCCGGUGCUUGAAAGUAAAUUCCCAAUCAUAUUACUAUCAUAUCCAAACCCUCCUGAAAUGGUGAAUGGAAACUUUAAUUUUUCAGGCAUGAAUUGUCCAGCAAGUAAAACAGGAAGAAAUUCUGUGAAAAUGACAUAAUGGAAUGCACUCAAGAAAUUUGCAAUUGUAGUUUGUACAACUGGAGGAGUGAAUAUUUCUCUGGAGAAUGAAUGGUCAAUGUUGGUCCUUAUAACUGAAUUUGAAGCUGUUGGAGAAAUCACGGGUCCCAAUUGUUCGGAAGAAUAUCUUCUUGCAACAGCAUCAGGAUAAGUUGAUUCGGGUGCAUAAGCAUUGACGGAAGUUUCAUCAAAAACUGAAGAAUUUAAAUCACCAAUUAAGGCCGUAGUUUCGGAUGGUUGAGUUUCUGACUUUUGCCAUGGUCUGACAGGCAUUUCAAAUCCCAAAAUUUUCAAUAUAAAAUCUCCAAUUUCUAACCCCCAGUCUCUUCUGUUUUGAAAUCUUUCAUUAGGUUCUUGUAAAAAUAACAAUCCAAUAGUGAAACUAAAGCCACAGAAUAAACCAAUGGCUAUAUUAGAUAAUGCAUAAGGGUGACUAUUAACGAAAUCCCAAUAAGCCAGAUCUCCAUUGGAUGUCAUAAAGAUUGAUGUGACCAAGCUGGGUUCUUCCCCAUCUAUUUUAGGUCUAGUCAAAUACUUUGAUCCACCAAUCAUGGGACCAAGUACAGCACCCACAUUCCAUAAUAAAGAAUACCAAGAAAAUGCAAGACCUUGGUGUUUCUUUUCGUGAGCUACUUCACCAAUUGCAGUUCUCAAUACGGCAAUGUUACCAUUAAAACAACCCAUAAGUGAUCUAGCAAACAUGGCAGUAAAGAAAUUAGUGGAAAAUCCAAAGAUUAUAAUAGCAACAGCCGUUCCACCUAACCCACAAAGCAAAAUAGGUUUUCUUCCUACUUUAUCAGAAAUUGUUCCCCAUUGAGCACAACAUAAGAAUUCAAACAAGGCAAAUGAUGCUGCCAAAUAACCAGAGUACUUGGCAAUAUCACCAGGAGUCUUGGCGAUUUUGAAAUCACGAAUCAUGAAAUAAAGAUAGGGGAAUGGAGAUGUCAAUGCAAGAGGUUCUGCAAAUCGCAUACAACUAAGAAUAGCCAUUUGCCAUAGAGGGAACCCCUUUAUUUGUUCACGGAAUGACAAUUUGGGUGUUGAUUCCGACAUUAUAGGUGU